AUGACGCAGACCAGCGAGGGCACGCACAGCGGCGGGCCAGGAAACAGUAAUCUAGGGGUGCGGUGCUCCGUGAACCUCGGAGACAGCUGCGUUCAUCGCUCCAGUUGUUCAGGGGAGGAAACAGAAUCGGAGACCUUAGACAACUGGUGCAAGGACGCUGGGCUAGGAGCGCUGAAACCACAGGUGUACUCCACCGUGGGGGAGCCGGACCCUGGGCCUUGUGCUUGUGGGCUGCCCCUUGUCUCUCUGGCUGCUCCAGAGCGGAGGAGGAAACAGGAGGCUUGGGAGCGCCCGGCUUCCUGGGCAGCCCCCCAGCUCUGGUUCCAGGUGCCCUCUCUGGGCUCCACUGGCAGUUCAGCCACCUGGCUCCAGUCUGCGGCCUCGGGUGUCUUUAAGAAAGGACCAGAGGCUGGGCCCGCCAACACCCAGCUGGGCAGCUGGGAGAGUGGCCUCCGGUCCCUUCAAGGUCUGCGGGAACAGGAGCAGCCGGGCCGGCAGGCGGGCCUGAUGUCGCUGGCCUUGGACCUGCCUGAUGUCGCUGGCCUUGGACCUGCCAGAUGUCGCUGGCCUUGGACCUGCCUGAUGUCGCUGGCCUUGGACCUGCCUGAUGUCGCUGGCCUUGGACCUGCCAGAUGUCGCUGGCCUUGGACCUGCCUGAUGUCGCUGGCCUUGGACCUGCGUGCUGGCGACCUUGCAGAGCGCAGGACCCAGAGUGAAGAAUCCAGAGCUCUCUCCGCAUCCCCCACACUGACCUGCUUCUUCUCAGGGGUUUUCCGCUGUGCUCGCCGUCCUCGGGCCUCACUCACACCUGCAUACGGUUGGUGAGCUGAAGGUGUGUGCACUGCAGACAGCGAACAGCCUGGAGGGCCGAGGUAGCCGCUAGGGUGAAGCCGGAGCCCGUUAGGGAACAUGGAUUCCCUAACGAUUCACACACAGUCCACACCUCACGGGUCGCACAGCCCGAGAGGUGUGAACCCGAGUGUUCACAGACCUUUAUCCUUGAGGGUGAAAGUGUGGAUUCCUCGUGGCCCUUGACGUCACGUCUAGGCUGUGAGGGCUGGGAUAACAAAAAAAUAAACAAAAAAAAUAAUAAUUUAAAAUUACUGUCAGGCUGUAUGCAUAAAUUGUAUAGGAAACAUAAAGAAUU